AUUCCAAGAGACCCAAAACCACAAGCUCCACCAUCUAACAGGCUUCAGGCAGCGUUUGCCAAUUUCUUCCCUGAUUCUCUGGAAACCCCUCAAGGCCAAAACGAGUUCUUUUCCUCUUUUUGUUUCUUCAAAUUCAAUGUCUGCAAUCCUGAAAAUGCCUGUCUCAAUCUCAGUUCCAUCUCAAAACUUGUCCUUCUCAAAAUCCCUCCUUUCCCCAACUUCCCUUUUCCUCCACACAAAACUCUCCGGCCUCUCGCUCCACAAGCCAACGCCUCCCAACACCAUAAUACGCAUGGGAGGUGGCCCUAGAACUUACCCAGGUGGAGUCUCCAAAUGGCAAUGGAAACGCAUGCAAGCCAAGAAAGCCAAGCAACUCCUCAAAGCCCGACUUGCCCGUGAACGUCACAUCUAUGAAAUGCGCAAAAGAGCUGAGCUCAAAGCCGCCGUCUCCGAACUUGAACGUCCUUGGGAAGUCGUUGAAAAAGCACCCAACUUGUUUUCCGUUUCACCUGAUGAGCAAGUUAAAGUUUUGGCUGACAGGUUCCAAAAACCUGGCGGUUUCGAUAUGUGGAGUGACAGAGAUGGGCCUCAGCUGUUUGAUACUGUUGAUGAGUUGCCUUCUGCCAGGUUUUUCCCUAAAGGGGUUGUUCAUAGUGCUAAACCGUAUUUGAGAAGUAGAGAGAGAGAUGAAAAUACUAAGCCUUUGAGUGAAAAUAAGACAGAGGAGACUGAGACUGAAGAUGGUAUUUCAGAGAGAAAUGGUAAAAAGAACGGUGUUAAAUGGAGGAGGAAAGGAAUUAGGAGACGAUUGGAUACUUCUAGGGAGAGUAGUUUUAAUGGAAAGACAAGUAAUUUGAAGUCCGAGCCUUAUUGUAAUAGAAAUAAUUUGAAAUCUGAGGCUUAUGAUAAAAGAAAUAACUUGAAAUCUGAGGUUUAUGAUAAAAGGAGCAACUUGAUGUCUGAGGCUUAUGAUAUGAGCUUGCAAAGAGAUGGGAGUUAUGGGAUUAAUAAGAAAAAAUGACUGAGACUGGUUGGAUUCUCAAGGAGGGAAGGGAAAAAGGCUAUGCUUUAUUGGUAAUGUUCUUCUUCUUCUUCUUCUCCAAAUUGUAUCACUUUUUUUUUUUUUAUGGAUUAAAUGUUUUAAAGGUGUUGCAAUUUUAUGUGUUUGUUGAAUGAGACAAUAUUGAAUGUACAUUUCUAUAAAUUGUAUAUUAAAUUGGUUGGAUAUAAUUAGCUAUUCCUGAAAAGUUCCUUAAUGUCUCUAGUUUUCUUUUUAAUGCUGAA